AUGUAGUGAGGGGACAUAAACGUCGUUACAUAUUUUAGUAAGGCUAGUGUUGAGUUAAUACAUUGCCACAUUUUCUGAUUUUCUUCCUAAUAUUACAUGACAUGAUUAGAACCCAGGACUUGCUGCUUAUAAGUCAGGCGCUUAGUCCCUGAGCCACCGACAUAAUUAAUACUUUUACUUCCAGUAUGAACGGUAUCAAACCUACAUUCUGUGAACAUUCGUUCAGUAAUGUCCUGGUCUGCUGCAGAGAUGGCAGUAGUAUUUUACAAGCGGCUGAACCUGUCGCCCUUAGAAACGGCAAAGAUUUUACUGAUAAUAGAAGAGUCAGUGAAAGAAAAUGCGAAGAAUACAGUCGCAUUGUGACACAUAAUGUUGUCUACUCCCCUCUUGUGCCAGACGAGUCACCAAAGUCGGUGUCAACGCCAAAUUGUUAUCAUACGUACAUCGAACUGGUGGUUGGUGGAGAGAAGGCGAAUCUAGGAGAAUUUCCACAUAUGGCUGCAGUUGGUUGGGUGAACACAGACGGUCAAUACAUAUUCAGUUGUGGUGGUUCACUUAUUAGUACGAGGCAUGUUUUGACAGCGGCACAUUGCUCCAGAAACCCUCGUGCUAAAGAUCCAACACCGGCUAUAGUCAGAUUGGGGGAUCUUAAUUUGAACACCUCAGUGGAAGAUGGCGCAAGUCCCAUAGAUGUACCAAUAAAAACAAUUCAUGUACAUCCAGAAUACAAACCACCAAUGAAAUAUCAUGAUAUUGCAAUUUUAGAGUUGGCAGCUGACAUUGACAUUGACAGUUCUAUUCGACCUGCAUGUCUAUGGCAGAAACCAGACUUUGGACAGUAUACCAUAGCCUAUGCGACGGGAUGGGGAACUACCGAUCCGCGUAAAUAUAAAUUAGCGAAUGAUCUCCAAAAAGUUUCACUAACAUUAUUAGACACUGAUACGUGUGAUAUGUUAUUAAAAAACAAUAUAAAUAGAUUGUGGCAUGGAUUUUCACAAACGCAGAUUUGCGCUGGAGAAAUACGCGGCGGAAAAGAUACGUGUCAGGGCGAUUCAGGAUCACCCUUACAAGUAUCAAGUAUGGGUAAUGAUUGUAUUUAUUAUGUCAUGGGGGUGACAUCUUUCGGUGGGAAAUGUGGUCAAAGUGACCAACCAGCUGUUUAUACGAAAGUUUCAAGUUAUAUAAGUUGGAUUGAAAGUAUUGUUUGGCCGAUAUAAGUUUUGUAUACUGUUUUAUGACUAUUUCAAA